UGAGCGAGCCACAGCCCCGCCGCUGCCGGCAGCGCGCAGAGCCGGGCACGCUCCGCUGCGAGCGCAGGACGAGCCUCCAGCCCCCGGAGCUGUGCUGAAGCACGAGAGGCGGGCUUAACAGAGCGCGGAGGAAGGGGCUUGUUCCACUCCCCGGCAGGACAGCAUGAAGCCGGAGAACUUCCCCGAGGAGAAUGGCAUCGGGGAGGGAAAGGCUGCUGGCCAGGGCAGUCUCACACCCGGGAGCUGCCAGAAGAAACGCCGCUGGAUCCCCGAACACUUCUGGGAGGACGUGAGGCAGCUGCUGGUGCUGGCGGGGCCGCUGAUCCUGAUCCAGCUGCUGAUCUUCCUGAUCCACCUCGUCAGCUCCAUAUUCUGUGGCCACUUGGGCAAGGUUGAGCUGGCCUCUGUCACUCUGGCCAUCGCUGUUAUAAAUGUCACUGCCAUCUCUGUAGGUUAUGGUUUGACUUCAGCAUGUGACACCUUGAUAUCACAGACCUACGGCAGCAAGAACCUGCUGCGGGUGGGGGUGAUCCUGCAGCGUGCCACCAUCAUCAUCCUCCUCUGCUGCUUCCCUUGCUGCGCCCUCCUCAUCAACGUCGAGCAGCUGAUGCUGGCCAUACGGCAGGACCCCGAGGUCUCCAGGCUGACCCAGCACUAUGUGAAUGCUUUUCUGCCUGCCCUCCCGGUGGUUUUUCUGUAUAACCUGGAGACGAGAUACCUGCAGAACCAGAUGAUCAUGUGGCCAUUGGUGCUGAGUGGGGUCAUCGGCAACAUCAUCAACGUGGCUGCAAACUACGUCCUCCUCUACGUGUUCGAGCUGGGCGUCACGGGCUCUGCCUGGGCCAACACCAUCGCUCAGUAUUCACAAACCAUUUUCUUGUUCCUGUACAUCGUAGGCAGGAAACUCCACGUGAAAACCUGGGGAGGCUGGUCCUCCGAGUGCCUGCUGGACUGGGACAGCUUCACCUCCCUGGCUAUCCCCAGCAUGCUCAUGAUGUGCAUCGAGUGGUGGACCUAUGAGAUUGGGAGCUUCUUGAUAGGCCUGCUGAGCGUUGUCGAGCUCUCCGUCCAGUCCAUCAUCUAUGAGGUGUCUGUUGUGGCUUUCAUGAUCCCCCUGGGGCUGGGCACAGCUGCCAGUGUGCAGGUGGGCAACGCUCUGGGCGCUGGCGACUUCGAGGCAGCCAAGAGAUCCUCCAGCACCAGCCUGAUCUGCACAGGGGUGUUCUCCGUUAUUGUGGGGUCCAUUUUAGCUGCCACGAAGAACGUGCUGGGAUACAUCUUCACCAAGGACAGGGAAAUCGUUGACUUGGUGGCGUGGGUCAUGCCUGUCUACAUUGUCUUCCACUUGUUUGAAGCCAUGACUGGUGCCUGUGGUGGGGUGCUCAGAGGCAUCGGGAAGCAGAAAUUCGGUGCCAUCCUCAACGGCGUGAGUUACUACGGUGUGGGCCUGCCCCUGGCAGCUGUGCUGCUCUUCGUGGCCAAGAUCGGCGUCAUUGGCCUGUGGGUCGCGAUGCUCGUCUGUGUCUUCAUGCUCUGCAGCUGCUUCGUCACCUACAUCUACCGUGUGGACUGGGAGAAGGCAGCCAAGGAGGCUCAGCGCCGUGCAGGAGUGACCCAGCUGCCACCACCAGAGCUGCCAAGCCUGGGCUCUGAACCCUCCUGCAAGGAUCUGGAUGUGGCACCAGCCCCCCAGCCCCACACUUACCUGCCUGCCAGGGCCGUGCUGGGGUCUGUCGCGGGAAUAGAAGCGCAGACCGACGUUGUGCUCACGGGCAUCACCAAGACAGAAGGAGCCACGUACCAGCUGGAGCUGCGAGAGGCCCCCCCCGCUGCUGCCACCCCCGUGGUCACCAGGCAGCUGCUCCUGCGCCGUGCCCUGGCCGUGCUGGUGGCUGUUGGCAUGCUGGCGCUCGGCGUGGCCGUAAAGCUGACCACUGGCCCGCACUGACCCGCGCCAAGGACUCUGGGGACUUGUUUUUGGGGUGAAAGCCUUUCCUGAGGGACAGGCGUACAAAGCAGGCAGCAGGCAGCGAGGAAAUGGAGAGCACGCCUGUCCCCCAGGAGCCAAAGGGCCUCUGUCAGUGCUCAGCAGCGUUUGUGCAGAUAUGGGUUGGGAGGGGGCACCGAGGCUGCUCUGGCACCCAAAAUGCUGCUGUGCACACUGAGGGUGUGGGGGACCCCCAGCCCACACUGCCACCACUCCCUGGAGCUAAGCACAGCCCAGCUCCCCUCGCUGCUCCAUGACAAGUGCCCAAUAAAGAAUAAACCUGG